AUGCCGAAAUCUGAUCAACCGGAAAUCGAUCAGUCAAGUCUAUCUACCAGUUAUAAAGAAGAAGAAUCAAGUAUAACUGAUAAUCUUUUGAUCAUCACUAAUAAGGCAGCAAUCGAAUAUCAAUGUGGUGAACAAUCUCCAAUCCAUGAGCAAUCUGAUGUUAUGAAACUUUCAACACCAACUACAACUGCCUCUUCAACAUUAAUAAUGACUGAAUCUGAAGAACAAAUUCAUCAAUCUACUCAUCCAACACCUACGCAUCCAAUAGAACCAAAUGCAGUCAAAUGCAGUUUAGAAGUGAUUAAUGAAAAACAAGAUAAUGAUCAAUCAUCCAGUUCUCAACAUCUUUCUAACGAUGAGGAAAGGCAAUUGGUUAUAAAAAAUCAAAGUUCAAGCACUUAUGAGAAUCUUAUCAUUUCUGAAACUAAGCACAUUGAAGAAAGUCAGUCAACACAAUUGGUUGGUGAUCAGACAGAUGAACUACCUCCAGUCCCACCAACAUGUCCACCUCCUAUUAAUUAUACACUUCCACAUGUCACUGAUCGAACUGACGAGUCUGCUGAUCUGAUGGUUAAGCAAGCAAUCGAUUUAUUAGAUGAGGUUGUUGCGAAGUCUACACAGAUUGACGAUAUUAGUGGUCAAGGUCGACUGCUUUCCUCCGUAAAUAAGUGUCUUGAAUAUAGUUCAUCAGAACAAGUAUUGUUAGAUGAUGACAAUGAAUUUGAUGGGACGAGGAUUUCCAAUAUAUUAGAAAAUAAUGAAAAUCUAUUUGAUACUGUAGCUACGGCUGACAACAGUGCAUACAGUAACAAAAUGACACGGAUCGUUGGGGAAACUAAUAAAAACGACGUAAGCAACCGACCAUAUUCACCUUGUGAAUCUACAACAUCAGCAAGCGAAGGAAGUGAAGAUAUUGAACCGUUUCCUCCUCCACCAUCUGCUGAAGUGUUGGCUGAAGUGAUUGAAGAAGAGGCAGGUCCUAAUAUAGAAGUUGUUGAGGAAGAAGAGGAAGAAGAAGAAGAAGAAAAUGACGAAGAUGAUGAUUGUGAAGAAAACAGAAGAAAAUCGAGUUCUGUUUCUACUGUUAUAGAAGUUUCUUUACCUGUUACUGCAUCUGUUUCUACAACACAAACUUUUGAUGAUAAUAAAACGACCGACAAUAAACCAGAAUUUUCAAAUGAAGAAAUCAGAGAUGAUCCACUUAUCGUAGAUGAGCCAAACAAAGAUGAUACAGCGAUAUCUGAAUCUGUAAAAAGUAUUGUGAAUGCAGAAUCUAGCAUUGUUGUAUCUACUCAAACAAAUCAAACUGAAGUUGAUGGAAACUUAACUGUAGAAGAAUCAUCAUCAACAAAUCAAAAUGUAGAAAUGAGUUUAUCACUAGAAUAA